CCUUGAAAAAAGAAACAAAAAAAAAUGGGAUAACGUAUAUUUUUUAAAACUGGCAACUUUUAUUAAAACCCAUUUGGCCUUCCUAUUCUUCCCGGUGGUAAGCAAAAGGAAUUUGCACAGUAUCCUCAGUGAAGUUGGCGAUCAGCUACAGCCUGCAGGUUUCGUCUGUGAUCCAUCAGAACAAAAGUUUCAAAUCACUAGCCAUGAAUUCUCGAAGGGAACGUAGCAACAGAGUAGCACUAUUUGAUGGUAUUGAGGAAGGUGGUAUAAGGGCUUCAUCAUCAUAUGGCUCACAUGAAAUUGAUGAACAAGAGAAUGAGAAAGCAAUGGAUGGACUGCAAGAUAGAGUUAAUCUGCUGAAAAGAUUAUCAGGUGAUAUACAUGAGGAAGUGGAGACUCAUAAUAGGAUGCUGGACAGAAUGGGCAAUGACAUGGAUUCUUCAAGGGGAGUUUUAUCUGGAACAAUGGAUAAAUUUAAGAUGGUAUUUGAGACAAAAUCAAGCCGAAGAAUGUUUACACUUGUAGCCUCAUUUGUGGUUCUCUUUUUGGUGGUAUACUAUCUCACUAGGUAAUUAGCAUUGGAAACUAGGACGUGUAGUAAAUUAGUUUGCAGAAGAUGAUGCUGUGUUUACUCAAAAUUCUGCUGUCAAUUCGUCAGUGUAAGAAUCUCGUGACUUGUGGGUCUGUGUAAAGAUGUUUUUGGUUGAAACAGAUACUUUUCAGUAUUUUGAAUGGAAUAUCAGUCCCAACAUAGUUAUUUCA